AGGGUUGCCUGUCAUGAUAUAACAGUGUGCAUGUACAAGGCAAGGUGGCAUCUUCGUUUAGUCAAUUAACCAGAUAUAUGUUUGGUGAUUUUCUCUUUGAAGAAGUCUUAUUUGGCAUCUAAUCCAGGAGAUGGCAUUUCAUCCAUUCCUUCACCAUUGUGCGCAUUUUCAUUUUGGCAAUGUCAAUACUGCCUAUUUAUCUUGGACCUGAUAUUUUCUGAUGGACUCUAUAUGCAUAAAAUGACUACUUCUUGAAUGGACCAUUCUGGAAUAACACUAACUACAUAGACGGGAUGGGAUCUUUUAAUUCAAGCGGAGUUGACGCGUUCCCAGUUUUCAAUUUAAAUUCCUCAUCAGAAAGUCCAUAUACUUUGCCUACUAUAGCGAGUCUUGCAGCACUUGUAAGUUGUCUUAUUUUGUUUACAGUGGUCGGUAACGUUCUGGUUGUAAUUGCGGUGUUAACAAGCCGGGCACUGAAAGCACCCCAGAACCUGUUUUUGGUUUCCUUAGCCACAGCAGACAUUCUGGUCGCCACUUUGGUGAUGCCUUUUUCUCUGGCAAACGAACUUAUGGGCUAUUGGUAUUUCGGGAAAGUUUGGUGUGGAAUUUACCUUGCUUUAGAUGUCUUAUUUUGCACUUCGUCCAUUGUCCAUCUGUGUGCAAUCAGUUUGGACCGUUACUGGUCCGUUACGCAAGCUGUUGAAUACAAUCUCAAACGGACUCCUAAACGAGUGAAAUGUAUUAUCGUCAUUGUAUGGCUUAUAUCUGCGAUGAUAUCUUCUCCUCCGUUAAUAUCAAUAGACAAGAACAAUGAUAACUCUCAGUACCCAGGAUGUGAGCUGAACAAUGACACUUGGUACAUCCUUUCCUCUAGCAUUGCGUCAUUCUUUGCGCCUUGCCUAAUCAUGAUAUUAGUAUAUAUUAGAAUAUACCAAGUGGCCAAGACAAGGACCAGGGGCAUGUCAGAGAAAAAACAUGGUCCUGGUGAAGCUACAAUGACUGAGAAUGGGUUAAGCAAAGCCACCUCGUGCAAAAUCAACGGGGACAAAGAGAACGGGCACUGGCAGUGCCCUUCCACGCCCACCAGCAUGAGGACCACCGGGGUCCCAGACGAGGUGGACCUGGAGGAGAGCUCCUCCUCAGAGGGCAAAGGUCACCCCAAACCUCAGGACCUGAACCAUAAGAGAGCCAAGAGAGCCAGCCGGAAGAACAGCGCCAUCUCCAAACACUCCAGCCGGAUCUCCAGAGCCAGCAACAAAUCCAUGGACCUGUUCGCUUCCAGGAGGAAGAAGAGGAGGAGGAGCUCUGCGUCCAGGAAAAAGGUAUCUCAGGCCAGGGAGAAGAGAUUCACCUUUGUGCUGGCGGUGGUCAUGGGAGUGUUUGUGGUGUGCUGGUUCCCAUUCUUCUUCAGCUACUGCCUGCACGGAGUGUGUGGGGACCCCUGUAAGAUCCCCGAUCCCCUCUUUAAGUUCUUCUUCUGGAUCGGUUACUGUAACAGCUCCCUCAACCCCGCCAUCUACACUAUCUUCAACCAGGAUUUCCGACGCGCCUUUCAGAAAAUCCUUUGCAAGUCUUGGAAAAAAUCGUUCUAGAUAUGUAAUAACAAGAGGGACAAGCCAGGACUAAAUAUCCCUUGAGGUGACAAUAUCAAUAGCAUAAACGUAUGAAAUCUACCAUGGAAUAUCAAUGUGAAAGCAGACAUUUUUUUUAUUUGGCCCAUGGAACAAUGAAAUGUGCAUACUGUACUUACAGUGGACAGACACAUUGUCGUGCUGUAACUCAAUUGAGUCCGAGCAUAAUACUGAACUACGUCUUCAUAUCCCCUCACAGGCAACUCUCGAGUGCUUUUAACCUACUUAUUUCUCUUACCGGCCUUCAUAUUUUCCAUCCACGUUUAGUGUGUGCAUAGUGGUUCCCAGAACUAGACGUACUGAAGUGUGUCGCAAGGCUUUAACUCAAUGUCACGUUAGAUAUCCAGUACUCCUGAGUCCUUUACAACCAAAGUGACAGCAGGUAGCAUUUCCAGGUUGAUCAUGCUAAUGCAAAAAACACAGGGGAGCUAGCCUAGUGCAUCUGCAGUUUAAUCCAAAAUACUGUAUGUUUUCAUGGGUAAUGCUUUCCCUGAGGAUUACAAGUGGUUGAGGUGUUGAGGGAUGACUAUAGCAGGGCUGUCCAACCCUGUUCCUGGAUAACUACCCCUUGCUUUGUUUUUUUGCUCCAAGCCCAGUUGUAACUAACCUGAUUCAUUUGAUCAACAAGCUAAUUAUUUGAAUCAGGUAUGCUACAGUAGAUUAGGGUUGCAGCGAAAAUCUACAGGAUGGUAGCUCUCCAGGUACAGGGUUGGAGAGCCCUGCUCUAUACGUAAAAAAAGAUAUGGGCUACGGUUGGACCUGUUAUUUAUACGUAAUAGUAAGAAAGCUCUUUAUUUUUCACCUUGGAUGCUGACUAAUAAAUAUUUAAGAAUAAAACAAAGUGUUUUAUUUUAAUACACUACCUCCCUUGUGGACUGUUUCUGUGUAAUUAUUUAGCAUAUUUUGUAUUUUGUUUUGCAAGUGGUGCAGUUUCUUGUGCUUAAAGUAGUGGGCUGUCAUGCAAAAUAAACGCUGAAGAAAUAUUA